AUGUCGAUGACAAACAGUAAAAUAGUCUUAUUAGCAGUAGGGGUCAUCUUCUUCAACCUCGUUGGUCACUGCUAUGGUACACUCGGCUAUGGUGGUCUCCAGUAUGGGUUCUACAAUGGCAAAUGCCGAACUUCAGAUGUUGAAGAUAUCUUUCAUGAUUGCUUUGUCAAUGGUUGCGAUGCGUCCAUCCUACUAGACGGACCCAACACAGAGAAAACCUCACCCCCGAAUUUAAGCGUUAGAGGCUAUGAUGUCAUUGAUGCUGCCAAAGCCGCGGUCGAGAAUGUUUGCCCAGGAUUGGUUUCUUGUGCCGAUAUAAUCGUUAUGGCUACAAGAGACGUCGUCUCCUUCAGCGGUGGAGCUAGAUACAGUGUCCAAACAGGAAGAAGGGAUGGACUUGUGUCUCUUGCACAAAAUGCUCUAACCCUCCCACCUCCUACUUCUUCGGUGUCAAGUGCCAUUCGAGCAUUUGCUCUCAAGGGAUUCACAGCCACCGACAUGAUCUAUCUCCUUGGUGGUCACACUAUCGGAAUAGCUCAUUGUUCAUUGUUUAAAAACCGUCUUUACAAUUACAAGAACACUGGGAAACCAGACCCGUCCAUGGAUUUAUCGCUGUUAUCAUCGUUGAGGAGUAAAUGCCCUCAGAACACGACAGCUGAUCCCACUGCCAACUUGGAUCAAAACCCUUUUAGCUCUGCAGUUGUGGACAAAUCUUUCUACAGUCAAAUUAUAUGGGUAGAGGAGUCUUCAAUUUGA